UUUCUUUUGGAUAUGUAGCUGCAUUUCGGUACGUAGUUACGCUACUGUGCAAAAGUGAUUAUGACGAAGGAGACGAGUGUCGGGUCGUCGGCACGCGUACGAGUUCUGCUGGCAGCAGUCAUGCGCGCGUAUCGCUCGGAAUCGGCACGUAUUGUAUCUAAAGUCGCGCGAUACCGCAGCAACACGCGAGGAGAGGUGCACGGAAUCGUUUCACGGAUCUCACGGUUUUCGCGAGAACGACGUUUCGCGCGAUCUUUAGCAUCGAGCGGCCAGUCUCGCAGGCGCUCGUCCACGCGCACUGCGCAACGAGCAGCCUUGAUAAGCACGCCGGGAAAUACGCGCGCGAUUACAAGAGUUUGAGAGGAGAGCGCGGAAAUUCCAGAAAAGAGCAGCAUCAAUUUCCUCGGCUGGUGAAGAAAAAAAAAGAAACUGCGGAGAUACGUCGCAGCCGCUGCUGCUGACGGCGGACGCUGCGUCGUCGACUCGACAAAAGUCGCGGCCGGAGAUAAGGAUUCCGCGAGUGUUCGUUCGAUAUUGGAGCGGAGCGCGGCGAGGUGCCCGAAGGUCGUCGACGACACGCAUGAUCUGACUGACUUCGAUCGGAGCGAACGUUUCGGACAGUGUAGCCGGUGCGCGCGUGUGCGUGAGGCCGGAUCGUUCGCAGAAUCGCAAACGAGAUUCCCUCGCCAAGAUCUCUCGCUGGAUCCCGUCGCCCGUGGUGAAUUGCGCCACGAGUUUAUGCGCGAUUCGCUCGCCGAUGCCAAGAGAAAACCGGUGUGGACUGGCGCGCGCAAUGCGUAUUUUCAGUCCGUGAAAAUUAUUGCAAACAAUUGAUACAAUACUAACGAAAUACACUUUGAUAGAUAUUCUGAGAUUUAAGUCCGUUCUGAGAUUUAAAUCUCUCGUAUGCAACGCGGAAGGCGAAGGUAAGCGGAGAACCGCUCGCGAAGUGAGCGCGAUCGAGAAACUGGAAAUCGGAAGGAGGGCAGAACAACGUCUGCAGGGACGUGCAACGAAGUAACCGAGAUAUGGAAAUACGCAGAUAUGAACGUAGAGUGUGGAAUAUCGCGUGCCGAUAAGAUCGCGAGCCACGAAUUUGAGUGGCGUAGAAGCGGGCGAGCGUCCGGUGCGGACGAUUGCGCUUGCAAAGUACUCGUGAAAGAACGCGAAGACUGCGUGAAAUGUAUCUCUGAUGCGUGCUACUACGACGUGUAAUUUGUGUGACGAAUUUGAGAGCAAGUGUCGGCACGGCUUUGUGCGCCUUGUCGCGGUUGCGACGUCAUCGUUUUGACAUUCGGAAACGCCCGAGAUUAACAUCGGAAAGAAGUUUUCGAGGCCAGAAGGACAUUAGCUGGCAACAAAAUACGCGAAGACAAUCUUUAAUCAAGAAGAUUCUCUUCAAAAAAUCAUUGUAUACUACACAAUGUUAGGGGAAAUGCAAAAAACAGCGAACAUGGCUAAUUUAAGCCGAGUUACACCGAUUCGAAUCGAGAAGCGGACGGUGCAAUGCAUCUCGAUUCCGGACUACUCGUCCGUGAGUUCGCUGGAGGAGGAUUAUGGAUCAACCGAGUCCGAAGGUAUGUCCACGAGUCCAGACACAUCUUGCCGUUCGAGCGCAGACGCGGAUAGAAGCUUCGAUCUCGAUGAGGAUUUCCGCAAGAAGCUGCCAAAAUUCGACGACAUAAUCGAGAAGAUGAAGAAUCUGCGAUUCGAACGCGACGACGGCAACGAUGAGAAAAACGCCAACGAGAACAUCGGCGGAACACGUCGCAUCAGUAGCGAGAAAGUGGACAAUGUGGAGUAUUGGAACACUUGUAAGUCGCAGAUGAUCAAGCACACCGAUAGCGAGGACAUAAACAAUAACGAGGACAACGUUACGACCGACGAGGGCUGCCUGCCGUUCAACAUACACAACGAAUUCGACGACAAGGAAGGACAAUGUCGUUCCUUGGACGAUCAGAAUUCGACGGACGACGGCGAUUCGGAAGGCGAUCAGGAGCGACAGGACCACGAGGACUCGGAUAAUUCCGAUCUGAUUGAGCGUGGACCGAUCAAACCCGACUACCAGUCUAUUCGAGAACAUCCGUACUCGAUGGUGAGCUGGCUGUCGCGGGUGAACGACAGCGCGGAUGUGCUCCACGCGGUGGAUUACGACAAAACCGCCGAGCAAAUCCUAAGAAAUAAGGAUUACAGCGAGAAGCUCAAUCCCUGCCUGGACCAGCUGUCGAAUUCAAGUCGCAAUCAGUCGGAAAUUGAUGCAAUAGGCGAUGGUCUGACGAUAGUUCCUGGCUGGACCGGAGAGAGUGCUGAAGAUGUCUUCCGCCACGGAGAGCUCAGCAGCGAUACCGCAGCACUUCCGUCUAUAGUCGUCAACGACCCGGGAGAGGAGUUCCUGAUGGACAUUAUAUCGCGCGGCGGUUUCCAGGCCGCGGUACUCCCGGACGCCGGUAGUCACUCGAUCCCGUCGCCAGGUGCGAAAACCUGGUCGGACUCGCCGGCGAGCAGCUACAACAACGUUGUUUCGCGGUCGAACAGUCGGGCGUCGAGUCGCGCCCAAUCGCCCGGUUCCGCCACAAACUUAGAGUCGCCACAGAUGCACGUCAACGUGAUCGGCAGCCCGCUCGGUUCACCGCAAGUCGCAUCGACUUAUCGAGUGCCUCAGGCGCUGUCCUCUUCGUCUUCGUCCAAUCAAUCUUACAGCGACGCGUCCAGCCCCUUGAAUUACCAAACACCGUUGCAUUAUCAGAUUGAGGAACAGCUCGACGAGUCUCUGGCCUGCUGGAAGGGAACCUACGAUUCCUCUGGGACGAUUGUCAACAGUAACGACAACAUCGACUGGCUCGUCGAGCUGAUAGAAGUCAUAGAAGAGAACAAAGGAGCCUUGAAGGAGCCGCAGAUCGCCUCGAACGCGCCCUGUUUAACGCCGAUCUACAACGAUCAAUGCGUGUCGGAAACCGUGUCAACGUUGGAAAAUAAUCUAAACGGCUCGUCGUGUCCCGACAUGCGAAGCGAAAAGCCAGAGACCUGUUUAAGCACGACUAACGCGAAUCCCAUCGUCGAUAAUCUGCCCAUCGACGACGGUCUCAUGUCGGUUUACACGACCAAGGAAAACAGCAGUGGCUGCACAUUCGUGAAUCGUUCUAUCAAUGGUCUGCAAAGAUAUUACGAGUCGAGCGUGAAGAGCGCGCAGGCCAACGUGUCGCAGCAGGACACUUUGCACAAUAUCGCUUUGGAGAACGAAGGAUCCCCAUCGUCGACAUUCGUACGGGACUAUCAGAUACCAACGACGGUCUGUUCAUCCGCGUCCAGCCGUCCGCGAAGGAACUCCAAUCGAGGCAUAGUACCGUGGCCUUCGCUGAACUUACCAUCCAUAAGAGCGAGUGAGAGAUUAAAGGAAGGAUUGCAUCCUAAGGAAGUGGAAAGAGCCAUGAGUAAUCUUUUGAAAAAAUCUGUAGAGGAACUAGCGGCCGCGGACGAGGAUGGCGAUACGGCACUGAUGUGCCUGGUGGGCAAUCCGGAAGAACUGGCGACGAAAAAAGCGUAUUUAGCGCCGUUGGUCGAGAGAUUGGGCAACGUACCGGGCGCUUUGUCAAUGGUGAACAACCGUGGCGAGGAUGCUUUGUAUUUGGCUGCUAUGAAUUGCCCGGAAAUGCCGUACGUCGUCGGAUAUCUGGCCGCUGCAAUGCUGCAGAAAGGGAUCGAUAUCAAUCAACGAUUAUAUCACAUACGCGGCGACACGCUGAUACACUCAGUUGCAGCGCGCGGCGAUUCCUACGGGGAAGUCCUGGCUGAGUUAUUAGCAUUGAAGACACUGCAAGGAAACACUGUGUUUGAUCUGUCCAAGCGUAAUUAUUACGGAAGAACCGCACUUCACAUAGCAGUCGAAUCGCACGAUCCCAUUGGGCGAGGCGUCAAGUCCUUGGCCACGACGCGUCUGCUCUUGGAGAACGGCGCGGAUCUCAAAGUGAAAGAGAGCAAGUGCGGGGACACCGCUCUACACAUGGCAGCCUCGUUGAAUUGCGAUCCUGCGCUCGUCAAGGUAUUGCUGAGCAAGGCCAGUUCGAGCAUUGUGAACGAGACUAACUACAUGUACAAUACGCCGCUACACAUGGCCGCGGUUUCGAACUCUGUAGACUUGGAGAAACAGAAGGAAGUCUGCCGGCUUCUAAUACAAGCCGGUGGCCAGACGAAUAUACAGAAUCGGCAGGGCAAGACACCUUUGGCACUCGUGUCGUCCGAGAGGAAAGAUGUUAUUAAAAGGAUAUUCUACAAGAAAUCAUGAUAACGAUAAAAGACACGGGCAAUGAGCUCGGCGAGUCGCGAGCUCAACAUAAGACUGAUCUCCAUGGAAGUCUUCGGGAGCACGCGUUUUUGGACUCCUCGACGCUUCCCGCUCUUAUUUUGUGAACGUUAACGCAAUCAAAUGCGACGUUUACGCGAGCGAAACCUUCAAGACUGUGACUCAAGCCGGAAAAAAAGAGUACCAACGACACGUAACAUUAUUAUUCGCGUGAAACUACUGGAAAAAAUGUUAUAAUUCGUAUUUAAGCUGUACGAUCGCGCGCUUUAAUACGACAGGGCAAUCAAAUUAUAUUCGCAGUGUCCACUCGACAGCGAUACAACUGUUAGAAUUAACAAACAAUGUCUUUCUGUGGUUCCAAACAAGAGGAACGAAAUAUGUAUAUUUGAAAAUAUAACAUUUUUUCUUUUCUUUUUAUUUUUAGAAUGACAUUUAUUAUUCUAAUUAGAAUGUAAUUAUAUGCUAUAUAUCUUUCAUAUAAAAAGAGACAAAAUCAAACGGUCAAUCGACAAGAAUGUUUCGAGAUAUUCUUGUGUCAUAUAUUAUUACGUUUUUAAGCUUUAUAUCGUUAAGACGGCAAAUACUUUUAUCACUUUGAACUGUUGUAAUGUAGUGUACUGUAAUCAUUGCACUCCGAUAAUGUUUAAGUUUUCAGUAGCUAACAAAAGUGAAUAUUUCUAAUAUUUUAGAUCAAAUGCUUUCUAAAAUGCAUUUAGUAUUAGUCGCGUUGAAUAUUUUAGUUGUCUAAUUCAGAGUUGCACAAACACGCUAAAGUCGAGCAAUAUUAUCAUCGCGAUACCUCCGCGGGUUGUUUUCUAAUUAGUUAUGCCUAUUAUUCUGAUAUUUUCUUUUUCCAUUCUCGCAUACAGAGAACCGCAUUUCGUAAGCGGGCAAGUCACUUGUGCAGCUCUAAAUUUAAUCUAUAACACCGGUGAUAUUUUUAUAAUUACGAAUAUUUUUUACAAAUUUUUAGUUUACAGUUUCAGCGAACCAAAAGUUCUUUAUUUAUUUGCUCAAAGUUGUUGUUUAAUACGAAUAUGGAAUGCCGAUAUUAGCAAAACGGAACAAUUCUGCUAUAAUAUCCAACACUACUGACAAUGUCUUUCUGUAAUUAAUAUGUACAUAUUUUCUACUGAUAUUUUUUUUCGUAAGAUAAUAAUGUUUAAACAUUAGUUUUAACUAUCGAACAUUCAAUAUAUGUAUAUAGCGUUGAUUGUAUACCAAAAUAGUCUGUUUCGCGAAACAACUGCAGUUUUCUCAAGCUGCUCAUUUACAUACUCGUCAACUGCAAACUAAUAGAAAAGAUUUUAAGGCUUCGCUGAGAAGUUUUCCUCGAUUUCGCUCUUUUACAUCGCAUUAUUCAUCAUUUACUCGGAUUUACGCGGAAUCAAAAAGCAAAGCGUUAAAUUGACAGCUGCAAAAUCGUUACGUGGAACGUGGAUCGGUCAUAAAUAUUGUUACAGCACACGGGAAUAAAUUGUAGCGCCAGUUUUGCAUGUGUAUUCUCGAUUAUUCUAUGAAUGGAAAAGUUGGCGCCGUAAACCACUGCGAUGUAUACGAUAAUUCCGAUUCCGCGGUGUGUGCGUGCGUGAGUGCGCAAAUUUUGUUGAGCAUGCGUCGCUACUAGAAAUGUGCUAUAUUAGCAUAUAUGUAAAUCGCAAAUAUACACUUUUAUACAUGGACAACUGCGCCACCAGGUAUUCCCGUGCACCUCCCGCGCCGUGAAACAAUGUAAUUCCCCAUCUAUUUCAUUUCGUACGAUGAAUUCUAAUGCACGUUAACUCUUCAUUCGUUGAUUUAAGAUUUAGUAGGGAGUCAAAAUAUUUUUAUGCCUCGAACGGCGGAAUUUGGAGGCCCUGAUACAUCCGACUGAGAAUAAAGUGAAAACGAAUAGACGGACGAAACUGUAUAUCUAUUUAUUUUUGCAAAAAGUAUUCCAUGUAAAAAAAUGAAUACGUUAAAAAUACACAGCAUCUUCUUUAAAAGUAA